CCACUCCCUCUCAGUCUCGGAGGGAGCGGAAGAGCAGUCAACUACUUUUUCUGUGCGGCUGUUUAAAGACUAUGUUCCCAGCAGAGAAUGGCGGACGUCACAAUUGAGGAGCUGCAGUGUGAGCUUACCUGCCCGGUGUGUCUAGAGCUGUUCAGGGACCCGGUCAUCCUCGAGUGCGGACACCACUUCUGCCAGGUGUGCAUCCUUCAGUGCUGGGAAGUCAAGGCCGACGAGUUGUCGAGUUGCCCAAAGUGUAGAAAGUCUAGCGGCGGGAGACUGCGACCCAACUCGCUGCUGUGCAACGUGGUGGACAGUGUGCGCAGAGCCCGGUGCAUGGACACGGCCUCGGGGAUAACCGGGUGGGACUCAGGGGGUCCUCUGGAGGAGCCGGAGGAGCGGGAGCCGGGGUCCAGCAUGAGCAGCCUGGCCUCCUCCACCGGGCACUGGCCGCGCCUGGGCAUGGAUAUGUGCGAGGAGCAUGAGGAGAAGCUGAAGCUCUACUGUGAGGACGACCAGCUCCCCAUCUGCCUGGUUUGCGGCAUGUCCAGGGACCACAAGACCCACAAUGUCAUCCCCAUUACAGAGGCCUUUGAAAACUACAAGGAUAAGCUGUCUAUCGCUCUGGAGAGGGUUGAGCUGCAGACAGAGGAGGCCACGCUGUUCCAAAGCCAGACCAAUGAAAGGAUCCUCCUCAUUAAGGAGCGAGCAGGAGACCUGGAGGAGAUGGUCACCGCAGAGUUUGGCCGUCUGAGGGAGUUCCUGCUUGAGGAGGAGGAGCGCAUAAAGGUGAAACUUCAGAGGCAAAAAGAGCAGAAACUCAAACAGCUGGAGGAGGCGCUCACUGAGACCACAGAGCAAAUCAGCCAAAUGGAAAAUAUAGCCGACGAGCUUCGCCUCAAACUGACAGAAGAGGAAAACCCUGAGCAACUCAAGGGAAUCAAAGACUUCAUUGGAGGGGCUCAGAGUUUUUUUGAGCAGCCCCCAGAGGUGACUGUGGAUCUGCAGUCAGGAGAGUUCCUGGGACCUCUGCAGUACAGGACAUGGAGGAAAAUGAGCUCAAUUUUUCAGCCAGCUAUCACCGCUGUGACCCUUGACCCGAACACAGCUUACCCCUGCCUGUGGGUGUCCCCGUGUUGCACCAGCGUCCAGGUGGGGAGAAUCCAGACCAACCUGCCCAACAAUCCAGAGCGCUUCACCCGCUACAACAUCGUGCUGGGCUCUGAAGCCUUCUCCUCUGGGAGACACUACUGGGAGGUGGAGGUGGGCAACAAGACAGCGUGGGGUCUGGGCGUGGCCACCGCCUCCGUCAACAGGAAGGAGGAGAUCAGCCUCUGCCCAGAUGACGGCUUCUGGACCCUAGUGCUGAGGGACAACGGUGACGGCAACAGCGAGUACGAGGCAUGCACUGACUCAGAGGAGACCAUGAUAUAUCCCUCCAAACCCCCCAGCAGGGUGGGGGUCUAUCUGGACUAUAGUUCUGGUGACGUUGGGUUUUAUGAUGCAGGAAACAUGGCCCACCUCUUCACCUUCUAUGGUGCAACAUUCAAAGAGCCUGUUUUUCCGUACUUUAAUCCUUGGCCAAUUAUCAACGGAUACAACAGGGAGCCCCUCACCAUAGUUACACCACACUGGGGAUAGAUUCCCCCUUCAUCUCAGAACAGAUCCAGAAUAAAACUGCAGGACAAAGUUAAUCAGAUGUGGUGAUAAUGAACUUGGCAGUGACCCUGAAACGUGAGACUUUAAAUAAGAAGAUGAAACUACUAAAGAACAAGACAAGUGUCAGACAAUGUCAGACAAGUGAGACUUUAGAACACAUGGCUGUUGAUACUCUAUUUGUCUUAUGGUCAACACAUCAAAGAAAAUAUUUGUAAUGUUGAAUAGAUGUGUGCCUGGCCUCUCUGGACGAGCUUUCACUACGAGCCCCGGCAUGUUUCCACCUGACACCGUCCGUGAACUUCAUUCGCAAUUCUCAGAUUGUCUCAUUGAUGUUAUCAUGUUCCCGAUUAGCAGUUAGUCUAAAUCCAAAAAUAUUGCGAAGUAGGUGCUUUUCGCUUUGACAUCAAAUCCUCCGCCUUCCUGUUUCUCAACUCUCCGUGAUAAACAAAUGUGACACCCCCGCUGCUCUGUGCUGCAAAUCUGCCGCUGUGAGGAUCAGGCACUUUCAAUUUGUUGUUACCGUGUCCACCAAUUCGACUAAGAAUGUGGUUUUAUUUCUAUAAAAAAAGGCUAAAAGAGAGUGGGGGCAGUUGGGAAGUAAUUGAAUCAGUGUAUGCCAGAACACUGUUUCACCAGAAAAACUGACUAUGAUGGCCUACUAACAAAUACUGUCUGUGUAGCCAAAUACGGAUAUAUUUCAUAUCUUUAUGACAUAUAGGAACUUCUUUGUAUUUGAAAUGAUAGGAAGUGCCAUCAACCUCAUGGCAUGUUUACUGCCCUGAUGCAUUGUGAGCUGUGACACUUUAGACAGGUGUGCUUUUCCAAGUCAUGUUGGUUGGUUAGUCAGUUAUCAACUGCAAAUAUCACAACUGGACUCCAAUCCCACCUUUGAAACCUCUCAAAGAUGAUUAAGAGAAAUGAGGGACAUCUGAGAUACAUUUUAAGAGCCAAAGGGUCUUCUUAUGUCAUCAUUAACUUUUUUUUUUUUUAAUACAUUUGCUUGUUAAACCUGGUUUCACUUUGUCAGCACAAGCUUUUAAGAAAACAUUUCAGUAAACAUGAAUGGGCUUGGGGCUGGGAGCCAAAUGAGUACAGAGAAACAGACUACUUUUUGUGUUGCUUUUAGUGUUGAAGAAUGGCUAUAUCCUAUUUUGUAUUUGUUCUGAAUUCAUUAGAAAAGUGGUAGGUCAUAUCACUUUGUAAUGUAGCCAAAGACUUAAAGGGUCCAUGACAAGUUUUAGAUUUGUAGGAGCCUAUGAGUUAUCAUGUGACAGCUAGCUGGUGCUCAAAGAUACACACAAUGCCAUUUGGACACUGAAUGGUUGUGUGAAAAAACAUUUCAAAAUUGUAUUAACAGUCGAUGCAAAAUAUUUUAUUGUGUGUUUUGGAAUAAUAUCUAACAUUAUAAUAUCAUAUAUUUUAAAACCGUUUUAUAGCCGUUAUAUAUCCAAUCAUGUUAUUCUAAUAACAUGUAGAGUUCAACUGAGGAAAUGAUGUGUAAAGCAGAUGACUACUAAUAUUGGUUUCUAAAUGCCUUUACUUUACAAGGUAAAUAUACAUGAAUGUUCCAUCACAAUUAAUACAACAAACGAUUGAUCAGAAAUAUUUUCUGAGUGUUUUUGAAGUUUUUAAUAAGGAAAACACUAUCUAGAAAUGUGCCGUUCGAUUUGAAUAAUUCGAUUAAAUUUCCUACUAAUGUUGUUGUUUCAUUUGAUUCCACUAGAGGGCGCCCUCAUCUAGCUUUGAAGGCAGCACCACUGUCUCUCUGUGCUCUUUAUAAUACAGCUUUAAACUAUAACCAUAAGGAAGCUAUCUGCAGACAAAAUAAAGCUUUAGGUAACAUCU